UUUUCUUCAAAUUGACCUCAAAUUAACACUUGACCUUAUUUCUUAACACAUCCACUGAAUACGAUCAUUCUCACAAAGUUUAAGUAAAAUCCAUCCAAAAAUAUAGGAAUUAACAUGAGGCCCAUAGUUUAGAAUUAUUACAAAGUGCGACAAGAGGUAUUUCAAAGUCCGACAGCUCUAGUUGUUUAUUUAUACAAAAUGAGCGGGGAGAUCUGUUUUACAAAAGUGUGAUAAGUUAUUAUUACGAAGUGCGACAGUUUUUAUUACAAAGUGCGAUAUUACGUUCGUCCACAACACCUUUUUACACGAUCGGUUCUGUAACACCAAACAUACUACGACAAUGAAGUUAACAUGUAUUUUUUAGCACUUAUGAAAACGAGAAACACGCUUGAAAGAAAAAAAUUAUCAAUCAUCUAACAAUACCGGGUAUUGGAAAUAUUCACUUCCUGCUUCAUUGGUUACGAUGCAGGCAGGCUUAAUCUACCGUACGCCAUAAACACCAAGUUUAGGAACACUAUUGAUUAAAGCUGUGUUUUUUGUUGCUCAAUAUCCUGAAGCUACAUUGAUAAUUGUGAAUUCAGAUAUACAUCACUGAAGUAAUUCUACAUAAUAAUUGCACUUGGUAAUUCCUAAGAAGGAAAUAGUGUAUCCUGUCAACAGCAGAAACAAUUAGACGAAUACCACUGAAGAUGCUACAACGAUACUUCAUUCCAAUAGGCCUAUUCGCGCUCUGUUUGGAUUGCCGACUGGGACUCGCAGAUAAACCGCAGGUAAUGAAGUCUAACAAGUCUAUUAAGGUGAUACAAGCAAUUGUAGAUAUUCACUCAAGAAAACGACGAUCCACUGCAUUUACUUCCGAGCAAAUCCAAGCCAUCGUUGACCGUCACAAUUACUACAGACGAAAUGUUUCACCUGGACCAGCGUCAAACAUGGAAUAUAUGGAAUGGGACGACAAUUUAGCCACCAUGGCACAGCUGUGGUCGAAUGGAUGUUACUAUGGUCAUGGGCAACCAACUCCGAAUCUCACACCAUAUUCAUCGAUUGGUCAGAAUCUCUAUGCAUCGUCCAAUGCUGGCACCGAUGGAGUAGACGCUACUGAUGCAUGGAACUCCGAAGAUGUUGAUUAUGAUUACAAUAGCCACACAUGCAGUGAUGUGUGUGGACAUUACACACAGAAUGUCUGGGCAACAUCGAAUCGUAUUGGUUGUGGGUUUACAUUUUGCACAAAUCCAAGCGGACUUCCCUGGCCUACAGCAAACCUCAUCACAUGUAACUAUGGGCCAGGAUGUGAUGAUGAUCUAUGUCGCCCAUGCGCAGAUCACAGCGGUCCGUGUGUAUGCAAAGCGACUUGCCAUAACUGCGGAAAUGUAACUAACGCUUGCACGUGUGUGUGCCAUGACGGAUGGCUAGGAGCCGACUGUACAAAGGAAUGCGGUAACUACGAUGAUCGUUGUGGUGCUAAUCCGGGAUGGCCUGUAUUUUGGUGCGAUGCUGAUCAUCAGUAUGUCCUUGAUGGCUGUCCACUUAUGUGUGGAUUGUGCGUUGAGCCUGAUCCGAGUUUCGUUUGUAAGGAACCAAGUGCAAGCCAGUGUUUGACACCCAUCCAUAACUGCGUAACGUAUGCAUUUGCGGCGAUCUACUUCGUCUCGUUAAUUUGCUGAAUGUUUCGGGACUAUCGUGGCCAAUGGUGGCUCAAGGGAUUUGCCGACAGAGGGCCCAAGGAUGGAGAGAAAAUAUGAGUGUCAAAACCAAGAUAACGCAGAAAAAACUUUAUGGUUUUAGGGUGGUAACAAGAGUGCAUUUAUUAUACUACAAUAUUAGGAAGUGCAAUAACAUACUUUGGUUGGAUUUUUCAGACCGACAACAUGAAGUGUUGCCUAAGAUUUAAGGUUUCUCCCUGUCUGAACCAGGAGUAAUCAAGUAAUUAAUGACUGCUUCCUGGUCCGAUGGGGAACUCCCCGUGACGACAUGCUCAGCAGCCAAUGGCAAUGGCGUAAUUUGUGAUGUCUUAAGGAGCUAACGCAUCAAUACUGACAGAUGGAAACAGUAAAAAAAUAUUAAUGGACCUUUCCGCUAAGCCCCGCCCCUUGGAUACUGUUGCUAAGGUCCCACAAGACGACAAUGUUAAAACAUAUGCGAACACGUGCGUUUGUGGGACAACACGUGUGUUUGUGAGACGCACGCGUAUCCCUAGCGCUGUUCUGAUUAGUCAGUUGUGAAGUUUGAUUGACACUCCGGAAAGGUCUAUUGCCAGCCGCCAGCUUGAAAUAUGUUUCAUUCAUUUUAUAUUACUUUAUAAUUUAUUUUAGUUUUAUAUUUUAAUUCAACAUAACAUUUUAACAUUGCCAAUAUUGAAGAAAUAAAAUAAUAUAUAAAUAUAGGCCUAUAAAGUUACAGACAGAUUUACAUUAAAAAAAAUUCAAUCAAUUAAACAAAGUGAAAUAGUUUUCAGUAAUUAAGACACUGCUGUAGAAUUACAAUAAAAUCUAUGAUGAUUUUUUUUAAAUACAAAAUAGUUAUACCGUAAGUUUUAUAUAUGAAGUAAAAUGUCAUUAUUCACAUCAGACUGAACCAAAGAAUUAUAAUCUGUUAAUCUAGUUUGCAACCCCCUUUGAUAAAAAGUUAUUCCCACUAAAGCUUCCUAGCAGUACUUAGAGUUGGAGUAGAAUUUGGUUUCUAGCAUUUUAGAGUUGCAAUAGAAUUUGGUUUCCUGUAUGACCAUAGAUGGAGUAGGAACGGUUACAAUGAACAAAUUAUAGAGCCGAUAAAUAUUAAUUAUCAGCCGUAUGCCUAUUUAGAGUUGAUAAUCGACUAAUAUAUUAAUGUUGUAUCAUAAAUAUUGAUUAGAAAGUAUAGGC